AUGUCACGUGUUGAAGAAAAUGCAUCGAAGAGUCCGCAAGAUAUUUACUACAUACCACAUCAUCCUAUAAUAAAAAGCGGUGCAUUAACUAGCAAGUUGAGAGUAGUGUUCGACGCAUCAGCUCUAUCAGAAUCAGGAGUGUCGCUGAACAAUAAACUAUUAGUCGGGCCUCAGUUGCAAGAUACAUUAUGUGACUUAUUACUAAAGUUUAGAAUGCAUCAAUAUGUAUUAACUGCUGAUUUAGAAAUGAUGUAUCGACAAAUCCUUGUGAGAAAACAGGAUAGAGAUCUUCAAAGAAUUUUAUGGAGGUCAAAUAGCAACGAAGAAAUUCAGAUAUUUCGUUUGAAUACGUUAACAUAUGGUACUUCUUCAGCACCCUUUCUAGCGGUCAGAUGUUUGAAGGAGUUAGCAAUUCAAGAGGCUGACACUCAUCCUACAGCUGCAAAGGUGUUACAAUGUGAUUUUUAUAUGGAUGACCUGCUCACGGGGACGCACACUGUAGAGGAGGCAUGUCGAUUGCAACAAGAAUUAAUGGAAUUGCUCCAGCGAGGAAAAUUCAAUCUGCGCAAAUGGAGAAGCAACAACACGAAGGUAUUUAGCUCGUUGGCUCAAGAUAGCGAGCAAGAUGAAUUUUUGGUUUUAAACAAACAUGAAGUCUUGAAAACUCUUGGACUGUAUUGGAAUUCAGAAACGGAUUAUUUACAGUAUGAAGUGCAAAUAAAGGAAGAACUAUCAGCUACAAAAAGACAAGUGCUGUCUUCAAGCUCAAAAAUAUUUGACCCUCUGGGGCUUAUCGAGCCAGUGUUAGUAGUAGCGAAGCAACUGAUGCAACAAUUGUGGAAGGAGAAGCUAAGUUGGGAUGAAGAAUUGCCACCCCAUUUACAAGAUAGUUGGUCAAAAUAUUGCAGAUCUAUAAAUUCGACUCAAGCUUUGUUAGUAUCACGCAAUUGUAAUCCAGGCAAUCCGUCACUAUUGGUGGAUCUGCACGUUUUCUGUGAUGCGUCGGAGAGAGCUUAUGGAGCAUGUAUUUAUGCGUGUAGUCUAAAUCAAGAUGGGCGCGCUACUGCACAUUUGAUGUGCUCCAAAUCACGGAUAGCUCCAUUAAAACCACUCACAUUGCCACGUUUAGAGUUAAAUGCUGCACAUUUGGCAGCCAAGCUGUUUAGCAGUGUAAAUCAUGUAUUGUCUAACAAAAUUAACAAUGUAAGUUUUUGGACUGACUCUACAAUUACGUUAAGUUGGAUUAAAACAUCUCCUCACAAAUUGAAAACAUAUGUGGCUAACCGAGUCGCUGAGAUUCAGAGACACACUUCGAGUAAAGAUUGGGAUCAUGUACCCUCAAGUGACAAUCCCGCGGAUUUGUUAUCUAGAGGCACGACUACUGAAGAUUUAAAGGAUAAUUAUCUAUGGUGGCAUGGACCUAGGUGGUUAGUGCAGCCUUCUGAAAGGCCGAUACAAGAAGUUUUUAGUUUAGAAGACAUGCCGGAAGCUAAACGGGAAACUAAACGGGAGAUUACAUUAGCAGCUAUCCCGGAUAUGCACGAUAUUUUGUAUAAAUUUUCAUCUAUCAUUAAGCUAAAAAGAGUCAUAGCGUAUUGUAUGCGAUUUACAAAUAAUCUAAGAGGUAUUAAAAGGAAAGGAUCUUUAUCGAUUGAAGAAUUGGAGCAAGCUAACAUUAUCAUAAUCAGACUAGUGCAACGUCAAGUAUACGAAAGAGAGAUAGAAGAUUUACAAAAUGGAAGAGAAGUUCAUCGCAAGAGCAAGUUGCUUACAUUACGUCCUUUCCUUGAUGAACAAGGAUUGAUCCGUGUGGGAGGUAGAAUACGUCAUGCGGAGAUCAACAUAGAUCAAAAGCAUCCAUAUAUAUUACCGUCGAAAAAUCAUAUAACAACUCUUAUGCUCCGCGAAGAACACAAAAGGUUAUUACACUGUGGGCCAGAACAACUUUUGGCAUCUAUUAGACUACGAUAUUGGCCAUUAUCAGGUAGACACGAAGCGCGUAAGGUCACUAGACAGUGUCUAGAAUGUUUUCGACUCAAACCUAAACCCUUAGAGGCCGUUAUGUCUGAUCUACCUAAAGAUCGAUUACAGGGAACUGUAAGGCCAUUCGCUGUUAGUGGCGUAGAUUACGCUGGGCCUAUCCAAAUUCGAGAGGGAAGAAGAAGAGGUAGGAUACCUCUAAUGAAAGGAUACAUUGCAUUGUUUGUCUGUUUUCAUACAAAGGCAGUUCAUUUAGAAGCCGUCACGGAUCUAACUACAGAAGCAUUUUUGGCAGCAUUACGGAGAUUUACUUCGAGAAGAGGUCUCUGCACUACAUUAUACUCAGAUAAUGCAACGAACUUUGUUGGAGCAGCAAGAGAGUUAAAAGAGGUCUAUCAAUUUAUAAAAGAUCAAACAGAUGAAAUUGAAGCACGAUUAGCUUUGAAGAGCAUUCACUGGAAGUUUAUACCCCCCAGAUCUCCAAAUUUCGGAGGAUUAUGGGAGGCUGCCGUUAAGGUAACAAAAAGACACUUAUAUACUGUCACGCGAAACCUCGUAAUGACUUAUGAAGAGUUCAGCACACUACUUACAGAAAUAGAAGCAGUUUUGAAUUCACGUCCUUUAAUUCCCUUAUCCUCUCAUCCUGACGAUUUGGCUGUGUUGACGCCAGCUCACUUUUUGCUCGGAGAGUCACAAGCCGAGCCUGCUCAGAGAAAUUUUUUAAACAUGCCUGUUAAUACUUUAUCACGUUGGCAACAUCAGCAACGAGUUCGUCAACAUUUUUGGUCACGUUGGCAAAAAGAGUAUUUGCAUCAAUUGCAAAUGCGUACCAAAUGGUACCAUGAUUCAACCGCUUUAGCAGUAGGUACAAUAGUUUUGUUGAUGGAUGAACAAAACCCUCCUAGCAAAUGGACUUUGGGCCGUGUAACGGAACUGCAUAAGGGAAACGAUAACGUGGCCAGAGUAGCCACUGUCAAAACAGCACAUGGAAUAUAUAAACGACCUAUAAGAAAACUGUGCGCUCUCCCAUUGAACAAUGAAAUUAAUGAGGAGACCCAAGGCCAACGGGAUUCUAAGUUGGAAAAUGCUAUUUAA